CUCCUCAGCUUCUGCAUCAUGUGACCAUCAUGAGUCUGGGUGGGUCACUGACACAUGCGUGCCUGCAGAGAGACAGAAUUGUUCAAGACUUUAUGUGAAGUUCACACCAACCAGCUAGAGGAGAGCAGAAACAUCUGUGAGGAACAGAAAACCAGAAGUAGAAAGACCUGAGGCAGACAGAGGCAGCCAGAACAGAGGAAGGAGGACAUCUCAGGAGACGAGUCAACUAAGGACAACUAAGGACAAGAACCUCAUCAUGGACGCCCUGAGGAAAGGAUUCUCCAUGGCCAAAGACGGGGUGGUGGCCGCCGCCGAGAAGACGAAGGCUGGAGUGGAGGAGGCCGCCAGCAAGACCAAGGACGGGGUCAUGUAUGUGGGAAACAAGACGAUGGAGGGCGUGGUGACAGGUGUGAACACAGUCGCUCACCAGUCCACUGAACAGGCCAACAUCGUUGCUGACACUGCGGUUGCCGGGGCCAACGAGGUCGCCCAGGCAACAGUGGAAGGGGUGGAGAAUGCAGUGGUGGCGAGCGGAUUGGUCAAGAUGACUGAUGUCCCUAAAGCAGAAGCAGGAGGAGAACAGGUUGAACUGGAUACACAGUAGACUCUGAAGGUCCUGCCGUCAAUGAGGAGAGAAACUUUAAUGUUAACCUGUUGCUUAGUGAUUCUUCUUCUCCUGUUGUCAUUAUUUUCAUUAACCAAUCAGAACCUCUGAUCUCCUCCCUGUUGCCAUGGUUACAUGGUUUCCCUCCCACAUAGGCUUGGAUGUUUUAACGCUCAGUAAUAAAUUGAGUCAGGUCAUGUGCUCUCAUGCUAUCAGCUGAUUGGCUCAUUUGGACUAAGUAUGUUCAACACUUCCUGCUCACCUGUGUCAGUUACCUGCAUGGCCCCGCCCCCUGGCAGCCUUUAUAAUGUAUGAAGCGUGAAAACACAGAAAUGAUGAUUGAUGAUGGAGUUUUCUCUGACUUUCUGAUUCAGACUCAGCUGUUUCAUCUUUUAUAAACUACAGGAGAGAAAUAAAAAGCUUAAAAUCCA